AUGACGAGAGAUGUUUGGGACGUCCUCUUCCUCAGCUUCCUCUCUUUCCUGAUCUCACGCCAGUCAAUAAUAAUAGUUGUUGCUAUUGCUGUUGCUGUUCCCACCAGCAAUACAUCAUCCCCUUAUUCGUCCCAACGCCCGAGCCAUGUCAGUGAGUGCGAUGCCCUGCUCCAGUUCAGUCAAUCAUUUACAAUCUCAAGGGAUGCCUCUGCAAAUUACUGCAACAACACUUCAUAUCCGAAGACAGCCUCAUGGAAGAAUGGCACCAAUUGCUGCUCAUGGGAUGGGGUCACAUGCCACACGUCAAAAGAUUACGUGAUCGGCCUCGACCUCAGUUGCAGUUGGCUUCAGGGAACCCUCCAUUCCAACAACACUCUCUUCUUGCUCCCCAAUCUUCGACGGCUCAAUCUCGCCGGUAACAAUUUCAUUGGCUCACAAAUUUCAUCAAGGUUUGGUAUACUUACCGGAUUGGCACAUCUCAAUCUCUCUGGUUCUUCCUUCUCGGGAAUCAUUCCUCUGGAGAUGAUAUCUCAUCACCUUUCUAGCCUAAUUUCACUCGAUCUAACUGGUAACUUCGGCCUAACAGUAGAAGAGGAUCGUAGUUUCAGAAAGUUUAUUAGUAAUCUCAGUCAGCUGAGAGAACUUGUUCUUUGUGGUGUAGACAUGUCUAGAAUUUCUCCUACUUCCCUCACGAAUCUCUCUUCCACUCUGACUUCUUUGAGACUUGGUGAAUGCUCUCUACAAGGGACAUUCCCAAUGAACAUCUUCCAUCUCCCAAACCUCCGCAUUCUCUCUCUUUCUUCUAAUUUUAAUCUCACGGGUGCUCUUCCCCAAACAAAUUGGAGUAGUAGCCCACUCGUCCGCUUGAGUCUAUCACAUACAAAGUUCCAUGGACCAAUUCCUGAUUCAGUGGGGAAUCUCACAUCCUUGGAAUAUUUGGACCUCUUAGACAGCGAAUUUACUGGGUCGAUGCCACUAACACUUGGAAACCUUGACCGCCUAUCUUUCUUGUCUCUCAGUGGUUUCAACCUCAGUCGUACCAUCGUAGACUUUGAAAUGUUUGCGAAGCUAAAGAAUCUUGAGCACCUUUUGCUUUUGAGGAACCUUAACGUAAUGAUUCCGAACAGUGGGAACUGCUCCUUCCCGCGGCUCAAAGAGUUCACACUUCUUGGCGUCAACUUGAGCAGUACAUUCCCAUAUUUCUUGAGAUCUUCACCUGAGCUGGAAUUGUUGGACCUUUCCGGAAACAUGAUUAGUGGUCCAAUUCCUGAAUGGUUUGGGAGAGUUCGGAGCAACACGCUGAUACGCUUGGAUCUGUCAUCUAAUAAUUUCACCAGAGAGAUUCCAUCAUCAAUCUGCCAAAUGAGUUCAAUAAGACAAAUGUCUCUUUCAAAUAACAGACUCAACGGCGCCAUCCCGGGAUGCUUGGGAAAUUUAAGUAAUAUCUCCAAUUUGGAUUUGACCCACAAUCUGUUACAAGGUCCACUGCCACGAUCUUUAGCAAACUGUACAAGCUUACGGUAUAUAGAUUUGCGAUCAAACAUGUUUCAUGGGGUCCUUAAUGAAAUUCCCCUCCCUCAGCAGAUUGAAUCCUUAUGCCUCUCCAACAACCAAUUUUCUGGACAAUUGCCGAUAGUAUUCUUCCGAAAUUCGAAUGUUGAGAUGGUUGACUUAGCCAAUAACAAUUUUGACGGCCCACUACAGAUUCCAUUGCCCUAUGUUUGGUUCUAUUCCGUUGCAAACAAUAAGUUUAGUGGAGACAUUCCUCAUCAGCUCUGCAACGCCACUCUUCUAGAAGUGGUGAACCUCUCCAAUAAUAGGUUAACCGGUUCCAUUCCUCACUGUUUCAUAAAUUUAAGCGCAUCAGUGUUGGACCUCCGAGCAAAUAAGCUUGUUGGUCAGAUACCAGAGAUAUUUUUCUCGGGGAACAACUUGAGGACGAUUCGAUUGAGUCAAAAUAGACUUGAAGGUACUCUGCCACGAUCUUUGGCGAAUUGCAAGAAUUUGGAAGUUUUGGAUCUCAGUGAAAAUGAGUUGGAGGGUCGCUUCCCUUAUUGGUUGGACACUCUUCCGAAUUUGCAACUGCUCGACCUGAGAUCCAACAAGCUUCGUGGUCUGAUUAACAACUCCAGGAAGAAUAAUCAUCCCUUCCCAAAGUUGCAUAUUUUGGACCUCUCUGACAACAGCUUUUAUGGUCAUCUUCCAGCUUAG